AUACUACAACGACUCGUACAAGACAACCCGAUGAUAUACAACCCGAUGAUAUACAUUUUAAAACUGUUUGAUCAUCACCCCCAUGUCGUGAUUCUCGCGAGUUCAUAACUUUUUCUUAGUUUUUUUUAGCACCAAUUGGCAAUUGAUUUAAGAAAAAAAAAACCUAGAUUUCUUGUCCGAGAGAGGGUGGAAAAAAAUACUAAAAUAAUUGAAUGAAGUAAACGAGUAGCAAAUUGAAUAAUUUUCGAACCCUAGUUCUCUUAGAUCUGAAACUAUUCAAGAACCUAUCUUUUUUGUUCAAGAAUAUGCGGCAGUUUCAGUUGAAUUUGAAGAUCCCUCUUUCACUUUAAUUAGCCAGGUCAUAAUUUGGGGAAAAUAAAUUGUGGGUUAGAGAAAAUGGGUCAUAAUUAUAUGUUAACAGAAGAAGAAAAAGGUUUGGUUGAAGCUGUUGUGGGGAAAGAUGCAUAUAAUUUCUUAAUGUCUACAGCAUCUGAUGAUUCAUUAUCAGAAUUUAACCCACCAGGGGAUAUUUUGAAUUUACAAAAUGGGUUAUGUCAAAUUGUUGAUGGAUCUAGUUGGAAUUAUGCAAUUUUUUGGCAAAUUGCUAGUUCUAAGAAUGGUAGGGCAGUGUUAAUUUGGGGUGAUGGGCAUUGUCGAGAUCCGAGAACGAUGGUAUUAGAUGGUGGGAAUGGUAAACUCGGUACGUCUAAAGACGAGGCCAAAAAGAGGGUUCUUGAGAAGUUACAUGCUUGUUUUGGUGGGUCAGAAGAGGAUAAUUUUGCAUCAACAUUGGAUAAAGUUUCGGAUAUUGAGAUGUUGUACCUUACAUCUAUGUAUUAUUGGUUUCGGUUAGACUCUUUGUUAGGUCCCGCAAAAUCGUUUGUUAGUGGUCGAUCGAUUUGGGUUUCUGAUGUUAGGAGUUGUUUGGAUCAUUACCAGUCUAGGGCACAUUUAGCGAAAUCUGCUAUGUUUCAGACGGUUGUGUUUGUGCCUGUGAAAACCGGAGUUUUAGAGUUGGGUUCGGUAAGAACAGUCAUGGAAGAGCCUACUUUGGUGCAAAUGGUUAAAACUGUAUUUGGUGAAUCACAUUCUACUCAGGAUAAGGUUUCCUCGAAAGUUUUUGGCCGUGAUCUUAGUCUUAGCACUUCUAGACCGCGCUCAAUGAACAUAAGUUUUGCCCCGAAAAAGGAAGAUGAUGCUUCGUUUUCUGCUGAAUCGGGUGUUGGUGGGAGUGAUAUGGGUGCUAAGCGCGUUUAUGGGUCAUCAUCCAAUGGGAAGCAUAGUGAACCUAGUGAUAAGAAACUCUUUUCGGAGAUAAAUUUUGGGGGUUCAAAUCCCGAUAAUGAUUUUCCAGGUCUAGAUGAGGCGAGUGAAGAGUUGUUGUUACACGCUGCUGAACUUAGAGCACGUAAGAGACCUACUAGAAGACCGGUGAUUGGAAGAGAAGAAGCGAGGAGCCAUGUCUUAGCGGAAAGACAAAGGCGUGAGAAACUUAACCAACGAUUCUACGCACUAAGAGCUGUUGUCCCUAAUAUCUCGAAAAUGGACAAGGCAUCUCUUCUCCUUGAUGCCAUAUCAUACAUCAACGAUCUACAAACAAAGAUUAGUAAGCUUGAAGCCGAAAAGGAGAAAGCUAAGCCCAAACAAGAUCAAUUUCCUAUCCCUGAGAUUGAUUUUCAUACAAGGAAAGAUGAUGCACUUGUUCAUGUUACUUUCCCUCUUGAUGUUCAUCCUGUUUCGAAAGUCGUCCGAACUUUGAGAGAACAUCAACAUGUUGCGCUUGAGGCCAACGUUAGCACAACAGAGGAUAAGAUGAUUCAUACAUUCACCAUUCGAGCUCAAGCUGGUGAAGCCGAAAAACUGAAGGAGAAGGUUGAGGCUGCUCUUUCGAAAUGAUACUUAGUUUCGCUUGUAUAAUCACAUAUUUUUUUGUUGUAUAAUUUUGAUGUAGUUAAAGUAAACAAACUUUUAUAUGAGGUUUUGUUUUCUCUUCCUUAUUAUCCCUUGCUUUAUCAUGGUUUUAAUGUACUAUUUGUUUGAGAGUAAUGUAUCAUAAGUAUUGUUUUCUUCA